AGUUUUAGAGCUUCCUAUUAGUGAACUUGGAAAAAUGACAUAAAGGUCCGUGAAAACAGCAUAUUUGAUUCGAUUAACAUCCUUCAUACUUAUGAGAUGGAUACUUGUGAGUCACUGCAUAUGGCAUACAGUGUCGACCUACUAAUUUGUUGACAGGAGAAGUAUGAUUAACGGGCGGUGGUACCUUUUGUCAUUUUUCUAGCCCGACUAUCAGCUUAUUGUUGAUUCGUACUAUUUUUAAUCAAAUUUACAAAUCUUGAUUUUGUUUACACAGAACAAUCUUCGUUCGUUUUUAAUUGUUUUAAAAUAAAACGGAAUAGAAUAAAACAUACAAGAUAACAGUAAUUUUUAUUUCACCAAGUCAAAAUGGAUAUUGGAUUUUCCUCUUAUCAUAACGGUGGACCUGCAAGAGAACAAGACUUUAGCAGGUUGUCUCAGACUAUAGGCACUUCUAUAUUGAAGAUAUCACAAAAUGUAUCUUCAAUGCAAAAAAUGGUUAAUCAAUUGGGUAGUUCUACAGAUUCCCAAGAACUUAGAAACAAAUUGCAUCAGAUACAACAUUAUACACAACAACUUGCGAAAGAUACUAGUGGUCAUCUACGUGAUUUAGCUAAUAACUCUGGCUCUACCAGCCCUGGAGAACAAAGGCAACGUAAAAUGCAACGUGAACGACUUCAGGAUGAAUUUACCACAGCAUUAAAUUCUUUCCAGGCUGUGCAAAGACUUGCUGCCACAAAAGAAAAAGAAAUGGUCAGAAAAGCUAAAGCUAAUGCAGGUAUUGCUCCAUUUGGAGAAAAAAAACAAGAAACUUUAAUCGAAUUGCAAGACAGCAGAACACAAAAACAAAUACAGCAGCAACAAUUGAAAGAAGAACAAAAUUUACGAAUGUUAGAAGAACAAGAAGCAAGUAUAAGACAAUUAGAGAGUAAUAUCAGCGAUAUUAACCAAAUUUUUAAAGAUCUUGGUGCUCUAGUAUAUGAUCAAGGAGAAGUUAUUGAUUCUAUAGAAGCUUCAGUGGAAAGAACAGAAGUAUCAGUCAAUGAAGCAUCUUCGCAUGUAAGGCAAGCUAGUGUUUAUCAAACUAAGUUGCGUAAGAAAAAAUGUAUUCUUGUUUUAAUUGGAGUAAUUGUAUUGUCUAUUUUGAUUGGAAUUAUAGUUUGGCGAAGUUCUUAAAUUUGUUAAUUAAUGAAUUUUAAUUUAAUAUUAGUAAUGCGACGAUGAGUAGGCGUCCUGUAAUUAUAAAUUACGACAUUGAAAAUGUUGUUAGAAUAUCUUACAGAAGUUACACUUUAAUAUCUCUAAACAAAGUGAAGUGCUCUUCUGAAGAAAAAAUAUAUAAGUAAAUUAUAUUUUACUUUUAUUUGUAAUAAUAAUUGGCAUCAUAUAUAAUUUAUGUAUAAGAUUAAUGACGUGUCUAUGACUGUCCAAUACAUUUGUAUCUUUCAUUACUUAAUAUAUUGUAUUAUUAUAGAUACACUAUACAUACAUAUGUGUGUAUAUAAAAUAAUAUAUAUUAAGUAUAUAUUCAUAAUAAUCAUUUGUAUAAUUUUAAUGAUAUAUACUUAAAAAUAUAUGAGCUUGUUACAAAAUAAUCACACAAAGCAUUAUUAGAUAUGUUUAUAUAUAAUGAUCAAAUGAAUUUGUAUAGAUUGCUUAUUAUUAUAUUGCACUAUGUGCAUGAACUCAGAAUCUAUUCAUUCCUGACAAGGCACGAAAGUAAGUUCUUCACAGAAUAUCAUAUGAUAUACGAUGUUAGUAUUAUAAGUUAAUGUAUUAUAUUAUUAUAAGAAUGUUGAUCUAUUUUAAUCAAAAUGUAAUAAACAUUAUAAUGAUCUUAAUAAUUUCUAUAAUAUAAAAAAUAUAUGCACAUCCUUUUAUAAAUU